GAAGUGACCCAAAACGAGAUAGACUUUAAACAGGUAAACAAACACACAGGACCGCCGCGACAACUCGCUCGUGUGCUCGUGUAUUUCCGUGACACUGCUCGUAAUAGAUCGAGUUAUUAUCAGACGGAAUCAUACACGUGUUUACAACCGCACUGUUCACUGAACCCGCCGUCAACUGAAACACAAAGCGAAGACUAAAGCUCCCCCCCCCCUUCCCACACACACACACACACAAACACACACACACACACACACACCUCCGGAUCAUGGCAGUCCAGCUGCAGCAGCGCCCCCACGCGGCAGCUGCGGCCCAUCUCCCCCUCCUGCUCCUGCCCCUCUUGUUGAGCUGCCUGACCCGAGGCGUCCUGUCCAGCCCGGACCCGAGACAACGGGCGGCCCUGAUCCAGCUGGAGACCUCCCUGCAACCCGGUGGGCAGAUGGUGCUGACGGACGCCGAGCAGCGGCUCGACUCCGCGCUCUUCCAGAUGAAGCGGAGGGAGAUCCUGAGGACGGACUUCCCGCCCGCCAUGCACUUCUUCAGGGCCAGGCCCCUCAUCAGGACCAGUCCCAUCUUCCGCCUGCUGCAGAAGAUGCCCAAAGGGGGAGCUCUCCACGUCCACGACUUCUCCAUGGUCGAUGUUGAGUGGCUGGUGAAGAACGUGACCUAUCGGCCCCACUGCUACAUGUGCGUCACCGACGGACGGUCCGUCAGGUUCACCUUCUCGUCCCGGUUGCCCAAACCUCUGCCGCGUUGCUCUGUCUGGACCCUGCUGGAAAAGCUCCGGGCCAAGAUGGUCAACACCACAGAUCUGGACAACAGCAUCAUGGGCAACUUGACGCUCUUCACGGAUCAGGAUCCGGAAGCGGCGUACCCCAGUCAGGAUGUGGUGUGGGACGUGUUUGAACAGACCUUCUUCGCGCUGUGGGGUCUGGUCACGUAUGCUCCCGUGUUCAGAGACUAUUACUACGAAGGCCUGACCCAGUUCUACAAGGACAACGUCAUGUAUCUGGAGCUACGGGCGUUACUCCCAGAGAUAUAUGAAUUGGACGGCAGCACUCACGACACAGCCUGGACUCUGAAGACCUACCAGGAGGUCACCAGACAGUUCACAGCCGACCACCCAGACUUCUGCGGAGCGCGGAUCAUCUUCACAAUCCACAGGGGGGUAAAUAUAUCCGUGAUGACCAGAGGUGUGGAGAAGGCUAUGAAGCUACGGAGAGACUUCCCUGACAUCAUGGCUGGUUUCGACCUGGUGGGACGCGAGGACAGAGGCAGAACUCUGUGGUACUUCAAGGACGCCUUGUCACUGCCGGCAGAGAAAGGAGUCGCGCUUCCGUUCUUCUUCCACGCCGGAGAGACGGAUCUCGAGGGCACGGACGUCGACCAGAACCUGCUGGACGCUCUUUUGAUGAACACUUCACGCAUUGGCCAUGGAUUUGCGCUGCCUCGCCAUCCGGUGGCCGAAUAUCUGUCCAGGAAGAGAGGGGUGGCUGUGGAAGUGUGCCCCAUCUCCAACCAGGUGCUGAAGUUGGUGAAGGACAUGCGGAACCACCCAGCAGCUGCUCUGAUGUCAGUGAACCACCCGAUGGUCAUCAGCUCCGACGACCCCGCCAUGUUCGGUGCCUCCGGGCUCUCUUACGACUUCUACGAAGCUUUCGUGGGCUUCGGUGGACUCAGGUCCAACGUAGGCUCCCUCAAACAGUUGGCCAUAAACUCUAUCAGGUACAGCUCCUUGACCCCAGUGCAAAAGGAGAAAGCUUUGGCUCUGUGGCAGAGAAGAUGGGACGAGUUUGUCUCCGAGCAUGCGUUUCAGAAAGGAAAGCGUAACUUUUUUUAAGACGUCCUCAGUGUUCCAAGGACACCAUGCUUCCUCUGCGAAAGAAAAGCUCUUUUGGAAUAAGGGGAACACGGGUUUGUGGUAGAGGGACAAAAAUGGGACAUUUUAAUGUUACAGCUGGAAAAGCAAAAGGGGUCUGUGAUGAUAAAAUGAAUCAUGAUUUGUCUGGUGUGAACCUUCAGGAUGAUUACUUGAACUUGCGACUAUGAAACAGCUUCAAUUGUGUUAUUUGGUUUAAUUAAGUUUAAUUUUCAAAAAGGGGUUUUGCACUUUUGAGAUUCAGGGUUGCUUUGCUUUGUAACAGUGACAGACGGCGUCGCUAACUGGUUGAGGUGCUAAAAAAUGCUGCUUGAUUUCUCUUUGUGUGGUUGUGGUUUGCUGGUGCUUUUUAAGAGUGUGUUGAAAUUGUGUUAAAUCCUGUGGGCUUUGACAAAACUCAUGUAAUGACAGUAUUUUUUUUUAAAUAUUUAGAUUGUUUACUUAAAUGUUCUGUUUUUUUGGUUUUUUUUGCUGCAAUGGGAAUAUAAAGGACCUUUCGCCCAUGUAAGCACAUGUUAAGAAAUUCUGAAGAACAGAAAAACUCCCCAAAUAAAACAAUAUUUUCGUAGGAAUAGCAAAGAUAAUGAACGUCGUCGUCAUUCAGGCGUUAAAAUGCUGUGAACUGUUCAAUGUUGACCCCAUUAAAACAGCUGUUUGUUGACUCUG